AUGAAGUUCCUCAUCGUCUUUGUUGCCCUCUUCGCUCUGGCUGUCGCCGCACCCAUCGGUGAUGAGUCUCUAGCCCAGGUCAUCAGAAACGAAUCUGACGUUGGACCCGAGAGCCACUCUGCUUCUUAUGAAACAAAUAACGGUAUCAGUGCUAGUGAAUCAGGAAAACUGAGAGCGUCUAACAAUCAGGAGGAGACCAUUUAUGCCGUCCAAGGCCAAUACUCGUACACCGCUCCCGAUGGCACCCCCAUCCUUGUUAGGUGGAUCGCUGAUGAGAACGGUUUCCAGCCCGAGGGUGCUCAUUUGCCCACCGUAUAA